AUGUCGACUUCGGACGAUUCAAACAAUCCUGUUGUCACCCUCGCCAAUGGCCAGCCAAGUUCCGGCCCAGGCGUUGUGCGGCAAAUUCGCUAUGGCAACACCAAUGGUGGCUUGGUCGUCCUGAGCGACACCCAAACCAUUGAAGUCCUCGCCCAUUUCGCCCGUGAACGUAUACCAGAGCGGAGCGUGCAUGCAAAGGCUGCCGGUGCCUUUGGCGAGUUUGAAGUCACGGAUGACAUCUCCGACCUCACUGAUGCAGACUUCCUCAAUGGCAUCGGCAAGAAAACCAAGAUUCUAACUCGCAUCUCGACAGUCGGCGGCGAAAAGGGGUCCAGUGACACCGUUCGCGAUAUCCGCGGCUGGGCAAUAAAGUUCUAUACCCAAGAGGGUAUCCAGGACUUUGUUCUCAAUGAUCUUCCCGUCUUCUUCAUCCGGGAUCCGAUCAAGUUCCCGUCCAUGAACCGCAGCCACAAGAGGCACCCUCAGACCAAUGUUCCUGACAACACCAUGUUUUGGGACUUUCACAAGAACAACCCCGAGGGCAUCCAUGCUUUGAUGCACCUGUUUGGGCCGCGCGGAAUCCCGGCCUCCUUGAGGAACAUCAAUGGCUUCAGCGUUCACACUUAUACCUUGAACAAAUCGGAUGGAAGCUUUGUCUACGUCAAGUGGCACUUCAAGCCCGAGGAGGGAGUCAAGACCAUGGACUCCAAGACGGCUGUCCGUCUCGCCGGCGAAGAGCCCGAUUACCACGUCAAAGAUCUCUUCAAUGCCAUCAACAAGGGUGAUUAUCCGACUUGGACAGUGAGCUUGCAGGUGAUGAAGCCCGAAGACGUCGAGUCGGCGCCCAUUGACAUCUUUGACUGCACGUAUACUUGGCCGUAUGACAAGUAUCCCCUUCGCCGUAUUGGCCGCUUGACCCUGAAUAAGAACCCGGACAACUAUUUCCAGGACAUUGAGCAGGCUUGCUUCUCGCCAUCCAACAUGGUCCCAGGCGUCGGACCCUCAGCUGAUCCAGUCCUUCAAGCACGCAUGUUCAGCUACCCAGACGCCCACCGAUACCGCGUCGGCCCAAACUACUUCCAACUGCCGCCCAACCGCCCCAUCAACAAGGUCUACGCCCCCUACGUGCGCGACGGCCCGGGCACCAUGAACGGCAACUACGGCAGCGAUCCAGACUACAUCUUCUCGCAGCUGCGUCCCGUUGCGCAGAGCAAGAGGGUGACGAUGCCGACGCACGAGCACUGGCAGGGACGCGUGAUUCCGUAUUCGACGUCUUUUACAGACAAGGACUAUGAGCAGGCUCGCAAGCUUUGGGAGAUUAUGUGCAAGGAAAAAGAUGGCAAGGAGCAGUUGCUGCAUAAUAUCCUUCCGACGUUGGUGGAUAUUCCGGAUAAGCUGAAGAAGGAAGUUUUGGAUUACUUUGGAGGGGUUGAUAAAACGUUGAAGCAGUGCCUUGAGCAGGGACUUGCCAGAUGA